UGUUGUUGUUGUUGUAGUAGUAGUAGUAGUAGUUGAUGUUGUUGUAGUUAAAGUUGUGAUCGAGUAUAACAAAUUUCAUAUAACAGAUAAUGCAUGAGUGUCAAAAGUAUAGCAUUAGAGUAGAGACAGAGAUGGACACACAUCGAUAGGCAGAAAGAGAGGCAGUGAUUAUACACAUAAAAAAAAACCACAAAGAAAGAAAGAGAGAGAUAGAGAGUUGUACAAGUGUUCGAGGAGUUUUGUCAAUUGGGUGGGGGGGAUUAAAAAUAAUAUAUUUAAAUUAAAAUAUAUAUAUCGCUUGAGUGCUCUCUUUAGAUUUGCUCUGUGACAGACCACAGAGAUCCGGAAAGUAGUUAGAUCGUAUAUUAUUCGAAUUAAAACAAUCACAGCAAAGUUUAAUGGAGCAAUGAUAACGAUUAUAUGACAGCGAUAACGAUAGCUACGAUAAGUAAUCGCAGCUUUUGGAUGAGUCUGCUCUGGGAAAUCCUCUUAGAUGGAAAUUCCUCCCAAGAGCAGACACAUUUUCUGGUGAAAUCGGUUAAAUAGACAUGAAUAAGCGACUUUGGCCUUGAGAGUCACGAAUAUUUAUAGCGUUUUAAGGGAAUUUUAAGAACCGCCUAAAGAUAAACUCUCAUUUUCUAAAUUCUGGAAAUUCACCUGGCUUGAAAGUGAUCUUGAUUAUUAUAUUCUAAAUAAAGUUCCAUAUUGAGACCUCUAAAAAUCAGAAGCCUUUGAGCCUUAAUUCAUAUCCCAUCAUGGUUUGUCCCAGCUUGACUCCCAUUCGAAUCACUAUUCCCUAGUCCGAAAUCAUCGCUUAUACAUUUUCAUCGGUCGGUAUUUGCUGUUGAUUAGAACCAUGUACAGUCCCCACAUAGCCCUCUUGUCGGCCGUGCAGGCCAACGACACCCGUCAUAAGGCCAAACUUCGUUUCCAGCGCCGUGCCUCGGAUAAUGUCUAUACAGAUCCACGUCUGGAGCAACUGAUUGUCUAUCGUGCCCUAUUGGAACAUCUGCUGCAGCAGAAGGCCCACUAUGACCAUGAACGGGAAUUGGAACUGAAACGUUUGGAGCGUUUCCGCUGCGAGGGAAUCAACGAGCGGCGACUUCAGGUCCAGGAGCAGGUAGUCAAGAAGACCCAGGGUAUGCUGCCCGGCAUCGUUUUCAAACUGCGCAAUGAAAUGGACAAGCUGAAGCACUUCUUCGACAUUGACAAGGAUCGGGAAGUACGCAAAUUGGACGCCACUCUCUACGACGAAUGUCGCAAUCUACUCAUUCACUGCCAGGAUAUACUGGACAAAGUACAUUGAGCUGCGAACUCAAAUUUUAACAUUCUCAUUUAUCAAAUUAAGUUGUGCAUCAAGAAAACUCAUUAAAAACUCUCAUUCGUAAUCAUAA